AUGUCGUCAAACGGUACCAAGCUAUCCUUCUCCUUUACCCCUUCUUCAUCAUCCACCAAACUCCCUACCAACGGUAACAGUCAUGGUGCCGGUCCAUCCUCAGCACCCAAAUCCAACCUCGAAUUGCUCAUGGCGAAAUCCAAGCCACCUGCACAGUCUUCUAAACCCACAACAACAGCAGAUACCAAAAAAGGAUUCUCAUUCGACGAUGAAGAUGAUGACAAUGACAAUCAUUACGGCCCAAGCAAAAAUGCCUUGGCUGGACCAUCCAAAUCGACGUCUUCUUCAAAGAAAGCACCAGUGGCUCAGACGAAUCUUCUCUCUCGAUCGGAACGCAAAGCAUUGAAGAUGGCAGAAUCGAUCGAUCAAUCGAUAUUCGACUAUGACGAGCACUACGAAUCGAUGAAAUCAUCUGAGCGAGCUCAAGAACAAGCUAGGAAAAAGGAAGCGGAAGAACGUAAACCGAAAUAUAUCGAAUCGUUCUUGGCGUCCGCACAAACUCGUCGAUUGGAUAAACUUCGAGCUGAAGAGAAGGCAUUGCAGAGGGAGAGGGAGAAGGAAGGUGAUGAGUUUGAAGAUAAGGAGAAGUUCGUCACGGAGAAUUACAAGAAGCAGAUGGAGGAGGUCAGGAAGGCUGAAGAGGAGGAAAAGAAAAGAGAAGAGGAACUACGUAAAACCCGAUCUGGCCCAGGUCUAACAGCCUUCUACAAAUCGAUGUUGGAAUCUUCCGAAGCUGAGAACGCUGCCGCCGUCGCAGCUACCUCUGGACCAUCGAGUGUAGCAGGUCAGGGACCUUCAUUGGCAAUCCGACCUCCUAGUGGACCAACAAACAAACAGGAAGAAUUCGAUGAUGAAGAAGAGUACGAUCCAUUGUUAGCUAGAGAAGCUAAAGCUCAAGCUCAAGCUCAAGCUCAAUCAAUUCAUGCAGAUACCAGGAGUAGUAGCGGAAGUGGAAAAAAUAGGAAUCCAGAUGUGGAGAUUAAUGAUGAAGGUGAAAUAGUAGAUAAACGAUCAUUACUCAAAGCUGGUCUUAACAUAACCAAGAAACCCAAACCACCUGCAUUACCCAACUCAUUAUUAACUGGGCAGAGAAGCGGAGAAGUCAAUGAGGGACCAUACAAGUCUCGAGCGGUGGGUACUGCCGCUACUUAUUCAGAGAGGAUGGAGAGGGAACGAAGGAGGUUAGCGGAUCAGAUGAGGGAGCAGGCUGAAAGGAAGCGCAGGGAAGAAGAAGAGAAAUUGAAAGCUGAAGAGGAGGAAGCUAGAAAGAGAAGAGAGGGGGAUAAUGGUGAUGCGGAGAGAAAGAGGCAGGAAGCUAGAGAGAGGUUUUUGGCUAGAAAGAGACAGAGAGAAGAGGAUGAGAAACUGCAGAAGGACAAAAAGGCUCGAGAGGAAUGA